AUGGGUGAAGGCGGCUAUAUCAACCUCGUCAACGGUACGCCGUACAAAUGGAAGCGGACUCAGCAGAAUAGCUAUCAGAUGGAGGCCUGGAGCUUCCCGGAGUCGAUCGAUGCAGGCAAAGUUCCCAGCACUUAUGUUGAGUUUGACCAUGGCGUUCUCAAGAAGCGUGGGGAUACCAGCGGAUCCGUCACAUACAGCUUGGAGGGCACCAAGGCGACCUUUUCAAUCCACGUUCGCGAUAAGCCUGCAAACAUCUGGAUCCAGCUCGACGGCCUGGAGGCGUUGAACAAUCCUCGCGGCUCAAAGAUCGAAUUGGGAUGGCAGCACGACGAGUGCGUCACGUUUGUACUCUCUGGAAAGGAGGGCAACUUUCACUCUUCGAACCCGCCUACGGAUUGGAUGCAGAAGAACAGGAACAUCUUGGGCCAUCGUCCAUUAUCGCAGAUUUGUAUGCUGGGCACCCACGACUCGGGCAUGUCGACUGUAUCUCACUGCGAUGUUCCUGGCGGUGUCAUUGACCCGUACGUUCUGUGCCAGUCUGUCUCGGUCCUGGGACAGCUUGCGCAUGGUGCUCGAUACUUUGAUCUUCGACCCCAGUACUCGGGUGGUCAUCUGUGGACCGGCCACUAUACCGGCAAGGUUGGAGGUCGAGGUGAAUCGAUUUCUGACAUUAUUUCUGCCGUCAACGAAUUCACCAAGAAGAACGGCGAACUCAUCAUCCUGAACUUUUCGCACUCCCUUCAAACCGACACCGACGAAUGGCGAGAGUUUACCAAGCAGGAAUGGCACAAUCUCAUGAAAGAGCUCCUCAAACUGAACCACUUGUUCAUUGUCGAGGACAAGAACAAGGCCAAGAACCUCACUCAACUUAAACUUGAUGAUUUCAUCGGCAAUGGCAAGGCAGCUGUUGUCUGCGUCAUGGAGCAGUGGGACCUCGACAUUGGCGACUAUGCACACAAGGGAUUCUACAAAUACGAAGCGAUGAAUGUUCGCAACGAGUACUCCAACAAAGACGACGCUGUCGUUAUGGUUAAUGACCAGCUUGAGAAGAUGAAGGGCCACAUGUCCGCCAAGGAUAAGCGUCUUUUCCUGCUUUCUUGGACGCUGACCCAACAGGCGCCUCAAUGGGAUGGCGAUGUCGUCACUUUCGUCAAGGUUGCACCCAGGUCUUUGAAGCCGAUCAAGAAACUGGCUUAUACCUGCAACAAGGAGCUCUUCACGCGACUUCUGCCGGAAGUCAGUGAUAAGUCGUUCCCCAACGUUGUUUACAUUGAUUACUUGGAUAAUCAGGACUAUGCAGCUUUGGUCGUUGCCAUCAACGACAAGGUGUUCAAUAAUUAG